AUGAAUUUAAGUGGUUCUCUGAUAUUUGGUGAGAAAUUAUCCAAAGAGUUGGCCAACAAUAUUCAGAACGUAGGGAGUUGGAGCAAAAACCUUUCUAGUUCACAGGCUAGUUUACCAGAUGGACUUGGAGAGUUCACCAAACAGGGUAGGAGGAGACAUAUUCUGGUUUUCCUUCUGAUCCUUGCCCUUUUGAGAAACUUAUGUGAUGCUCAAUGUUCUGUGAAACCAGUUGGUAGAAAGGGCUGCUUCCAGAAUGGAAAAUGGUACCAUGCUCCUGCUGUUUGGAAAACAAGCAACUGCCAAAGAUGUGAAUGUAAACCCAAAGAAUUAAUAUGCUGCAGCCUAGUUUUCAGACCUAUCAACUAUGAUAAGAAGAAAUGCAUUGCCAUGUUUCACCGCCAAAGUUGCUCCAUCCGUGUGGUGAAGAAGAAUGAUCCUGCAGAAAGUUGCCACGUCUUUGCUGGGGUUGGUUAAAAGUUUGUACUCCAAGAUGGUUUUUUUUGGAAAUCUGGUAUUUUUUUCUUUCUUCCAUUCCCAGU